AUGUUGGAGGCAACGGUUUCAUUUUCCGGAGAGAUGAACAUCAUUGUUGGACUUGAAGGUUCCAAUUUCUGGAGAGAGAAUGCGGGAGAGAGAGGGAUCGGGGAAGAGAAUGGGGUAUCGGACCUCUCGUCAUUGCCGGAAAGUUGCAUAUCGGAGAUCAUAUCCUUGACAUCACUCACGGACGCAUGCAGAGCAACAGCGAUCUCAUCGGCGUUCAAGUCAGCUGCUGAUUCCGACACCGUGUGGGAGAAAUUCCUGCCGUCUGAUUAUACGGAAAUCCUAUCGAGGUCCGUCACUCCGGUAGUAUACUCCACCAAAAAGGAACUCUACUUUCGCCUCAAUGACACUCCAAUCCUCCUUGAUGGAGGCAAUCUGAGCUUCAUACUAAAUAAAUGGAGCGGGAAAAAAUGUUAUAUGAUACGAGCAAGAGGGCUUUCGAUUGUGUGGGGAGAUACUCCACAGUACUGGAGGUGGACAUCUUUGCCUGAAUCAAGAUUUUCUGAGGUGGCUGAGCUCCAGGCUGUGUGUUGGCUUGCUAUUGGAGGCAAGAUGCAAACUCAAAUGUUGUCUCCAAAGACCAUCUAUGCAGCUUACCUUGUCUUUAAAAUUGGAGAGAAGAACUUUGGGCUUGCAGUCCAAUCAAAGGCAUCAGUUAGAUUUGUUGAGGAAAGCCAUGAAGGGGCUGAAGUUUUGAACAACACAGUUUACUUGGAAUUGCCUGAACGUAUCGGAGGAUUGCGUAGACGUGUAUCUAGACUACCUACUGGUUGGCGUCCACAGAGGAGAGUAGAUGGGUGGAUGGAGAUUAAGCUGGGGAGUUUUUUAAUGAUCAUGGAGAUUAUGGUGAGGUGGAGAUGCAAUUUAAUGAGAUCAAACAUGGUCAUUGGAAGAGUGGCCUCAUUGUUGAGGGCAUUGAGCUUCGACCUAAGGAGUAAAAGUAAAUUGAAAAGAUAAGCAUGCAUAAUCUAGUUCUAUUUUAUACCUGGUGUUGAAUCAUGUGGUGUUCAUUGUAGAAUAGGCAUGGUGUUUUAGGGUGAGAGACAGAUGCUAAUACGUUACCCUCUGGAACUUUUUUUCAUUUUCUUGUUACUCUUGCACUCUAUAUGCUUGUGGUUGAACUCUGCUCUAAUUACGGGCUUAUUUAUCUCGUACUUACAGUUGUUAAUUGAACUGAUUUUGAUCCUCAAAUGCUCUAUCUCAAGGGGCUCACUUUUUUUUUUUGCAACACAGAAGAUAAAAGAGAGUUUCAGAGGAGAAAAUUUGUGAUGGAAGAACUGUUUGGUGGAAGAAACUGAAUCGAAGCUUGAUCCUUCGUCGGUGCACCCAAAGCUUGGUAUAAUGCCAUGUCUACUUGUCUCUCCUCGACCUGGGGUGAUUGUACUUUGAAUCUCCCUAUCGCUUGUUUUUGGGUAAACCAUCGUAAUUUGAUCAUCAUCUAGGAACACAU